AAAGGCAACUUUUUAUCAGCUCUACAGUCAUGUCAGUACAUUUAAGCACAACAUUUUAGCCAGGGAAAGACAUACUACCUGCAGUUUUCUCUUUUAUUAUUUACGAAAUAUCAUCGAAAUUUGCUGACAUACAAAUAAAAUGCCAAUGAGUGAGGUCCAGUAGCUUUAUUGAGUUGGAAGACUAUGCAGCUCCGGCCAAUAUGUAUUAUUUAAACGUACAUGAAUUUUGUUGGGAUAGAUGAAUCUAUAUAAUUUAAGUCAAGUUUCUUUCUUUGGAAAAAAGGCCCUAUCCAGGAUGGUAGCCCUCUAGGCCUAGAAAGUGGGGCAAUCCCAGAUUCGAGCCUGACAGCUUUUAGUGAGUACAACGCCAACCACGGUCCGCGUCGAGCGCGGUUAAACAUGGCUAAAGUCGGAGCCCUGACUGGAGGAUGGUCUGCCAAAACAAACGAUUUGAACCAGUGGAUUCAGGUUGAUCUUUUAGCUACGUACAGCAUCGUAAGAGUGGCAACACAAGGUCGUGAGGAUUAUUCCCAGUGGGUAACCAGCUUCAAGAUUGCCUGCAGUAUGGAUAGUGUUACCUUUGAUACAGUUAAAGACCCCACUAACACCGACAACGACAAUAUCUUUCCCGGCAAUAGUGAUCGAAACACCGUGGUUUACAAUCGCUUUCCCGUGCCAAUGUCGUGUCGAUAUGUUCGCCUUUUACCUUACACAUGGCAUGAACAUAUUUCCCUUCGUAUGGAGUUCUUUGGAGAACUCCUUGGCCCUAUCCAGGAUGGUAGCCCUCUAGGCCUAGAAAGUGGGGCAAUCCCAGAUUCGAGCCUGACAGCUUUUAGUGAGUACAACGCCAACCACGGUCCGCGUCGAGCGCGGUUAAACAUGGCUAAAGUCGGAGCCCUGACUGGAGGAUGGUCUGCCAAAAUAAACGAUUUGAACCAGUGGAUUCAGGUUGAUCUUUUAGCUACGUACAGCAUCGUAAGAGUGGCAACACAAGGUCGUGAGGAUUAUUCCCAGUGGGUAACCAGCUUCAAGAUUGCCUGCAGUAUGGAUAGUGUUACCUUUGAUACAGUUAAAGACCCCACUAACACCGACAACGACAAUAUUUUUCCCGGCAAUAGUGAUCGAAACACCGUGGUUUACAAUCGCUUUCCCGUGCCAAUGUCGUAUCGAUAUGUUCGCCUUUUACCUUACACAUGGUAUCAACAUAUUUCCCUUCGUAUGGAGUUCUUUGGAGAACUCCUUGGCCCUAUCCAGGAUGGUAGCCCUCUAGGCCUAGAAAGUGGGGCAAUCCCAGAUUCGAGCCUGACAGCUUUUAGUGAGUACAACGCCAACCACGGUCCGCGUCGAGCACGGUUAAACAUGGCUAAAGUCGGAGCCCUGACUGGAGGAUGGUCUGCCAAAACAAACGAUUUGAACCAGUGGAUUCAGGUUGAUCUUUUAGCUACGUACAGCAUCGUAAGAGUGGCAACACAAGGUCGUGAGGAUUAUUCUCAGUGGGUAACCAGCUUCAAGAUUGCCUGCAGUAUGGAUAGUGUUACCUUUGAUACAGUUAAAGACCCCAAUAACACCGACAACGACAACAUCUUUCCAGGCAAUAGUGACCGAAACACCGUGGUUUACAAUCGCUUCCCUGAGCCAAUGACGUGUCGAUAUGUUCGGCUUUUACCUUACACUUGGCAUCAACAUAUUUCUCUUCGUAUGGAGCUCGUUGGAGAACUCCUUGCAUCAACUGAAGCAUCAACAACCUUGAAGACAUCAUGUAAAGGAGCUAUCGCUAUGAACGCUUCGCCCAGAACAUGUACAAAGCCCAUACAGCUGUUUACGAUUCUAUUCGGGGUCGUACUACGAUGGCUUUACUGAAUGGUACAAGCUAUUACGAGCACUUAACACGCAGUUACGAGUACUUUACGAAUAGGUACGUAUACUUUACGUAUUCUUACGUAUUGUUUACGAUUUUGGAAAACGUACGAAAUCUACAAAAUCGCAACUAAAAUCGUAACUAACCAGUAGCCUUUCGUAACAACUCGUAAACAGGUCAUAAAAUACCCAUAAUUAACUCAUAGUUAUCUGUCGCAACUCGUAACAACUCGUAAAAUUGUUUCCGUAAAUACAUCGUAAUAACUCGUAACAAUCCGUAAUAGACCGUAAAUAGCUCGUAAUAACUUGUAACAACUCCUAAAUCGAAAAUGAUAUCGCUAGUGACAUUCGUAUUUCUCGCAAUGUAUGGUCAACAAGGGAUCUAAAAGAUCACGACGUUUCGUGUGCCGCUGCUACACUCCGUCAGGUGAUAAAGUAUAUUAUUAAGCAAGCGUCUUUUAUGCUAGGAGUCCACUGGGCCAGCGCCAGUUGGUGCCAGUUUGCGCC